CCCGUUUCGGCCCACGUCCGUGUUUCUGUCGGCACCGCGCAAUGACGACCACAGGUGUUUGGUCCGCUGACAAAGCAGGCUUCGAGAUGAAGCGCAAGUCCUCCUUCAGUCUGUUGGACGCCAGCGUGCGGCACAAGACGCAUAGCAGCGGCGGCCCGGACAACCACAUGGAGAGGCUGCACCAGCUAAUGGAGACCUACGAAGCCAAUGACCCCGCAUCCAUCCAGAAGUCCUUCGCGCGACACCUGGAGUACUCCUUGGCCUGCACGCGCUUCAAGUUCACCAUGCAGGACGCCUACCGCGCGGCCGGUUUGGUGCUUCGGGAUCGCUUGUUGGAGUCCUUGAACGACACCAAUGCCUACUACCGCGAAAUGGAUGUCAAGAGGGGGUACUACCUGUCCGCGGAGUACUUGAUUGGCCGUCACAUGCAGAAUGCCAUCGCGAAUUUGGACUUGGAGCAAAACUUCAAGGACGCCUUUGAGGACUUGGGCAUGAAGUUGGAGGACCUCUUCGCGGAGGAGGCGGACCCCGCGCUGGGCAACGGCGGCCUGGGCCGCCUGGCGGCGUGCUUUUUGGAUUCCAUGGCCACCCUGUCACUGCCGUGUUGGGGCUAUGGCAUCCGCUACAGCUACGGCAUGUUCAAACAGCGCAUCAAGGACGGCCGCCAGAUGGAGGAACCCGACUUUUGGAUCGGCGAUGGUUGUCCAUUUGAAAUCCCGCGCCCGGACGUGACGUACCCCGUGCGCUUCUAUGGCAAGGUGGAGGAAGUGCACGAGAACGGCCAAAGCGUGUGCAGGUGGGUGGGUGGCGACAUUGUGCAAGCCAUGGCCUAUGACAAUCCCAUCCCGGGCUUUGACACCUACAACACCAACAACCUGCGACUCUGGCGCGCUUGCCCCAGCAAGGAGUUUGACCUGGACGCCUUCAGCUCGGCGCAGUUCCAGGACGCCAUCACCCAGCGGCGCAAGGCCGAGGACCUCUCGGCGGUGCUGUACCCCAACGAUGCCACCUAUGCGGGAAAGGAGUUGCGCUUGCGACAGCAGUACUUCUUCGUGAGCGCAUCGCUACAGGACUUGCUGCGCGAAUUCAUCAAGCGACCCAACUACAAAUGGGAAGAGCUCCCGGAUAAGGUGGCGGUGCAGAUGAACGACACCCAUCCCACCAUCGCAGUGGCCGAGAUGAUGCGAUUGCUGGUGGAUAUUCAAAAGCUGGACUGGGACAAAGCAUGGGACCUCACCAGGAAGUGCUUGAACUACACCAACCACACGGUCAUGCCAGAGGCCUUGGAAAAGUGGCCUGUGGAGAUGUUGGAGCGCAUGCUGCCGCGGCACCUGCAGAUUAUUUAUCAUAUCAAUGGGCAUUGGAUCCAGAAGCUCUUGCAGAGGUAUGGGGACGGCCCCAUCAUCGCCGCUCUGAGCAUCGUGGAGGAGGGUGACGUGAAGAAGAUCCGCAUGGGGCAUCUGGCGGUGAUCGGCGCCAACAAGGUCAAUGGCGUGGCUGCCAUCCACACGGAGAUCAUUAAGAAGGAGACCUUCCCUGAGUUCUACAAGUGGUGCUGUGACAACAACGAGCCAAACAAGAUCGUGAAUAUGACCAACGGAGUGACCCCCCGGCGAUGGAUUCACUGUGCGAAUCCUGCGCUGAGCGAAAUCUUCACCAAGUAUUUGGGUUCGCAAGAGUGGCUCACCAAUAUGAACAAGCUGAAAGCAAUGCUGCAGUACAAGGAAGAUCCCAAGCUGCAUGAGGAGUGGAUGGCCAUGAAGCGCGGUUGCAAGACCAAGUUGGCGGAUUGGCUGAAGAGCACCAUGGAUUUGGAGAUCGACCAAGAUGCCCUGAUCGACAUCCAGAUCAAACGCAUUCACGAGUACAAGCGGCAGUUGCUGAACAUUUUGUUCGUCAUCCACCGCUACCUAGAGCUCAAAAAGAAGUCGCCUGGCGACCGCCAAUCCUGCCAGAAGCGUGUGGUGUUAAUCGGCGGAAAGGCAGCCUCGGCCUAUGUGAAUGCCAAGAUUAUCAUCAAGCUCAUUAACAACGUGGCCAAGGUCAUCAACAACGACCCAGACACCAAGCAGUACUUGAAGUGCGCCUUCGUGCCCAACUACUGCGUCUCGGCGGCACAGGUGAUGAUCCCCGCCUCCGACAUCUCGGAGCACAUCUCCACGGCGGGAACGGAAGCCUCGGGCACAUCCAACAUGAAGCUGCUUGGUUCGCGGAAUCCCACGGUGGGAUCCUUCCAAAUGUUCCUGUUGGCUGCUCAAAGCACCUGGCCGGUGUCCUCCGCGAGAUUUUUUGCGCAAUGGAUGGCAGACAGCAGCAAGGAGCCGACCACAAGGCAAGUGGCAGCCCUCCUGCUGAAGAACAUUUUCGAGCCGGUGGUUGGAGCCAGGACAUUGUUUGGUGAGUGGCUGAACUAUGGAGAGGUCAGGCAAGAGAUGCACAAUGCCUGCUGGUUAGCCCUGCAGGAUGCAGAACCCAAGCUCCGCCGUCUGGCAGCGCUUUGCACAGCCAGGAUGGGAUGCUGGGAGAUACCGCAGGGACAGUGGCCGGAGCUGCUGCCGGAACUGCAGAGGUGGGCGGAGUCUGGCAGCCAGCGCCACUGCCAUGCAUCCCUCCACACCCUGCGCAGCCUGGCCGAAGACGGCGCCAGCCUCGGCGUCCACACACAGGCGGCCCUGCUGCGGACCUGCGGGGCCCAGCUGCUGAGCUGCGCGACGGAGGAGGCGUGCUGGGCUGCGGAGGCGGUCUUUGCGAUGCUGGGCUGGCUGCAUGGUGCGGAUGACUUGCUGGGGAGUCAAGUGGUAGAAGCUCUGCUCGUGGCUCACUUGGCCGCGGAUGCUCGCCUUGCGCAAGAAGAUGCUUAUGCAAAGGAGCUCUGCAGUUGCAUCCUCCGCUGCUGA